AUGGAUCUCUCCGACUCUUUUCGCAUUGUCAACCUCGCGGUUGCAGUGCUUAUGAUCCUGGGUGGUGUCUCCCAGUUCUUCCCUCUCGGAAUUCAACCAAUUAUCCUCGGUUGCUACACGAUCCUGUUUGGUGUUUCCACCGGUCUCCUGGAGUUCCAAAUCCCUCACCAAGUCUACCGCUAUGCGUCGUUCAUGUUCUCGUUUCUUGGUCGUGGUGCUUUUUACAUCUUCGUCGGCUGCAUCAUCCCCCAUGGACAUUGGGCUACGAUCAUUAUCGGCUCGAUCAUCUUCCUUGUUGGCGUUGCCUAUGUCGCUCUCGAAUUUGUGCCCUCUAUUGAGCCCCCUGCAAACAUGCGCGAGGUGGAUGCGGGCUGGGGCGCUGAGCAGGUGUAA